GUAAUAUGCUCAAUUGUAAACAUGUAUGUUGAAAAUGCCUAGCUGUUUUUUUUUGUUUUGGAGAUAUAUACCAUUUCACAGUAUUAUUUCAGCUCUCAUUUUUGCCGCGUAUAUAGCUAAGUAACAGGGUUUGUGACACGUCUAAAUUUAUAGGUCAGAGAUAAUGCCGCGAAUGAAUACGCAGACUAUCUGCUAAUUUGAGUGGGACAGGUAUAUCGAAAAUUACAAGUUACUGUUUUAAGACUAUUUGUGAAGUGUUCAUUUUGAAAAUUUUUUCCAUCUAAGCGUGUGUUAAGAAUCGAUAAACGCAAAAGGGCAUUAGUUAAAUUACAAAAGACGAUACAGGGACAAGUGUUAUCGUCUGAGAUGUAAAAUUCACCAGUGAUGAAGUGCCCAAACCCAGGUUGUCGGGCAGAAACAGAAAGUAGUGAGGAAAAAUUCUGCGGCGAAUGCGGUCAGAAAUUGCAACAAAAAGCAGAGUUUAUAAUAUGUACCGGUAAGGACGAAGGUGGAAAACCAUGUGGAGCAAAAAUCAAAGCCGCUAAAAAGUUCUGUUCCACAUGUGGCAGAAAAGUUGACCCGAACGAAUUUCUAAUAGGAAAUUGCCAAAAAUGUGGUGCGGAAUGCCCAGUUUCGGACGCGAUGUGUAUGGAGUGUUUAACAAGUAAUAUCACAGGUGAUACCAAAGGUGUAUAUGAAGUCACCGUGCUUGAGGAACCAAACAGUGUCACAGUCAACCAAGAUGUGUCACCAAUGCAAACGUGUGUGGUGGAAUCAACAAACGUUCCGACAAACCAGCAGCCACAUGUGCAACAACCUCAGACUUAUGGACAAAGUGAACAGCUGAAUUGUACAUUUAGUCAGCAGCAACAAAAUAGGCAACAUGAACAUACAGAUUUUACACCGGAGGAGGAGCAAAUCAAAAACGACAUAAGGAAUACGGAUGUAUUAUCUAAACAUUCAGAACAAAAUAUUUUGAAUACGACACUCAGUCAUAUUCACACAGACGAAUUAUUGUCAAGAAAACUGAAAAAUGAACCAGCAUACUCUUCAGAUGGCUAUGAACAACAACAAACACAAUUACAAACACCAAAGAGCAAUGAACUUUGCAUCUCAGAAGGUGGCAUGGAAACUGUAUCAAAAGUAAUCAGUGAUAAGCCAAAUAUUGACAGCAUUAACCAGACAGCAUCCCAAGUUGAAACGUGUGAAGUGGAAUCAGAAACCGUUCAGAACCACCAGCGGCAGCAAGCGCAAAACCCACAGCCACAUCAAACAAAUGAACAGCUGGAGUGUUUGUCAAGUCAACAGGAAUACCAGAGACAACCGCUUAGUAAAAUUCAGCAAGACAAACAAGAAAUUACACAAAAAAAACUGGUGGAGAAUCGGAUUGCGAGUACAGUUUGUAUGACAGAAAGUCCUAUUCAUAGACAAGAUUCUGAAAGAUUGGUAGAGAAGGAAAAUGAUCCAGUGGUGUCUUUAGAUGGCGAUGAACAAACAACUGUACAUUCACACAAUUCUCCAGAGAUCAAUGACAUUAGCAUCAAACAAGUCUGUAACAACGAUGGAACCGACAUAAUGGAAACAGCAGCAAUUAGAAAUACGUGGACGAUGGUUGAGGCACCAGAAUGUAAUGAAAUGGACGAAAUUAGCAAACGCGAAUCACAGAGAACUCUACAAGGUAAACUGAAUAAACAAAAUAGUACUGAAGGUCAGGAUGGUUUGCAGGCAGAAGCUGUCCAAAAUAUAACUUCGGAAACAACCGUCAUACAAUUUAAGAGUAGCAAUGUUGAUACAGGGGAAAUUCAAACUGAAGAAACACCAUUGGCAAAAGUACACCGUGAAAAUGAUAACGAAUUAAUUCACCCUUUACAAACCGACAUUCCACCAACUAAUGUCCAAGGACGUGAAGAUGGUACCGGAAGCAGAAAAACAGACAGUGAUGAAUCUACAGAAAAUACUAACAGAGACCAUUCAGAUUAUAGCGGAAGCAAGAUGGGAGACAAUGACGAUCGUAAGAAAAGAAAUACUGAAGACAACGCAUAUUGUAGAACAAGCAGGAAGAGUAAAAAUGCAAACAGUAACGAAAAGGGAGAUGGUGAUAGUAUACAGUUCAACGAAAGCAUGGAGGGAAGCGAUGAUAGUUCAGUCGAAAGGACGACCUCUGAUAAAUAUUCGCAUAACAACAGGAAAGAGAACACUUAUGAAUUUAGAGAAAGAUCAAAGGCAGACAUCGAUCAAAAAGCAAAGGAUGGGACACAUGAACUACUUACAUCGAAACAUAAACAAGUUCAACAGCAGACAAUUUAUACAAGGCACAUGAUAACUGUAUGUUUCCAUGCCCUUGUCUCCAAGAAAAUGCUGAAGAAUGAUGGAACAGUUGUUUUGUCGUUCGCGUUUGAUGAAGAGAAUACGAAUGUACAUUUAGCCGUUGCAAACAGAAACUUCGGUAAAUUUGUUGAGUAUACAUACACAACACAUAUUCAUAAAGAUAUUUUGGCAAAUGGAGUUCUUUACAAAUACUGCGUUGUUCAAGGGAAGGACACGAUUUUUGAAGACUAUUACAUUCAGGGGUCAUUAAACCCCUUUAACUAUAGACGACUACAUGUAUCCAAAGAAAAACAAGUUAAAACAUGGCAUCAAUACGAUGGGAUGGUGAUAAAACCACAACAAAAAACCGGAUUGUUGAACAACAUUUUGGCCUAUAUUCAUGACAAACUAAAGAAAACCUGUCAUGAGCAUCUGCAACUUUUUGUUGAUGCAUUCGCUCCAAGUUGGUUUAAACCGGACAAAGACUUAAACGCAUUAACCGAGACAUUUCAAGAAUCACUGGAGAGCCUAGAUGACGUCAUGCAUGGGUUACGGCAAGUGUAUUUACAUGAUGCAAAGGUAUUCGAUUCCGAUCAGCAAUUUAAUUUACAGAUCGCUAAAAUACUGAUCGCCCCCAUCAUGGCAUGUUUGGAACACAACGAUCAACGUAAAAACAUAUUACGAGCCAUGACAAUAGCAAUCGUUUGCAACAAAUUACAGGUUGCAUUAUCGCACAAACAUUGGCAACGUGUAUGUAGAUGCUUGUUAUUGAAUCCCGACGCACAAAAGAAGACAUGCCCGGAAUAUGAUGAAUUGCGAAUGCAUUUCGGAACCGACGCCAUACACAGGGGUGUGCUGCAUGUUAUUACAUGCACAAAUACAUAUCUUAAGGAUCUUAAAGAUCCUUCCUGGAUGUUUUGCUGUCCACUGCUGCAUUUCGUAACAGAACUGUGUCGGCCAUAUGAUAAACCCGAAGAAGAUAUGACACAUGCAGCAGCAAUUCCGAAGUGGUGGGGUGUCCAUGAAAUCAAACAAACAGUAGACUCAUUUUGGAAAAAUGACAGCAGUUGGCAUAUGUCCCUAACUGAUGUCUUAAAGCUGAUGAUUCCAUUGUUUGACAUGGAUUUCUAUUUGCCGAGAAGUAUCACUGCAGCAUUGUAUCCAACGGAAAUGGUUGAAAUUAUUGCUAUUGCAAACUUCCCAUUUCCCAUUGAAACGAUGCUUGCAUUUCUCUUCCAUUGGAGCAAAUUCGUACAUUCCGAUUCCGAAGCGCGUGUAGUAGAUUGCCUACAGAUGGUGUUAUCUGGAUUGAAUCAGAGCAUUCAAGCGUCCAUGUCACUGCCAAGAUUGUCAAUGGCAUACAAGAUCAGCAAAGAAGCUGUUGGAAUGAUGCGUUCGACACUUAGCGUGUUGAUGUUUUCGACUUGGGCCCAUAUUUUUAUUCGAUGUAUAUCCCUUCAUGCUAGACAGACAACUUCAGGUGCGACAACUGGUCAGCAAAUGAAUACAAUGAAUACAGACUAUGAGUCCAUUAUAAGAGAUGUGCUAGAGAUCGUAAUCAAUUGGUUAAACCUGACCACAACCAGCAUUGUGUCUUCAAACUUGAAGUCGGCAUUGGAGAAAUGGAACUAUGUCUACUGUGCACUCUCCGAUGAUGAUUGGUGCAUGAAACAAUGGCACGAAUAUUUAAACUCGGCACUGAGGAAACGUUUAGGCGAUGAGUUUUGCAAGUCUUCUUUCAUGAAAACAAAUUUUGUGAAACUUUAUUGUGAACACGUGGACACAUUAAAAAAACCAAUGCAGGAAUGUCUAACUGCUGUCGCAUGCUUGGCCGUUGACGAAGGGUAUGGUGUAGAUUACGCUAGUUUGAAAAAGGAGGAAAAGUACAAGUUCAAAGAUCUGAUGUCCCGUCUCUUUCGAAAACAUUGGCAGUCAUGCGUUCUCUCAUGCCAAAGUGACCAACAAUCCGUUCAGAUAUUGAACAUGGCUUUAAAUUGGCCACCGGUACAGUUGUUCCUCCGAAAUAAAGGUGAAGAAGGAGAGAACCAGCUUUUACAAAGAGAUUGCAAACCAAAUCUGGAUACUAUCAUACAGAUAUGUGAAAGCCAUUGGGAGGCUCUUGUUAGCGGCAAUGUUGAAAUAAUUAUGCUGCAAAGGAUUGCGACCCAACUUGGAGUAUUUGCAGAUAUUAUGAAAUUACUUCGAGGCAACAAUAAUGUUGUGCAUGAUCUUGUACUGAAGACAGUAAGCACGCGUGUCAAUGAGUUGGAGGCGCUUCGAACAAUAACUAGGCAGAUGUCUGUUUUUGUUAAUCAUUGUAGCGAAAUCAAUGUUAAUACCGAUACUAUUCUCGACGUGCUCAGACAAGAAACAACGCAAAUGUGUCAGCCAUUAAACAAAUUUUGCAAACCGGCUAUGGUCACAUUAGAAAUGCAGCCAGUAGAGCCUCAGAUCACUGCAUUUAAUGUUCCUAAAGAGGUUACCGAUAUUUUGCCAGAACUUGAAGGACUUACACAAAGUUUUGUGUUUGAAAUGAUGUGGCAGAGUAGAUGUGAAGAUGAAGGACAAUCGUGUACGUCACUUGAGGAUGUUGUUGAUGUGAUAUGGACGUCUGUUGUAAAAAGAUUUAUUGAGUUCGGACAGCAAGUGUCCAACGGCGAUAUUGACAUUGGCGAAUUUGACCAAGUGUUCAACAAAUUCCAAAACAUUGAGAGUGUUGAAUGUGAAGUGAGAAAACUAGGAAUAUCUGACAGUAUUGCCCACACUCGGAUGAAACAGCUAAUGAAAUACAAAGAACUGUGUUUGUGCGCUACUGGUGCAAAAGUGCUUUUAAAAGUAAAACAGCAAUAUGAAAUCAAAGGAGACUUCGAAGCAUUGAUGAACAUUGCAACACACAUGGAGCACCAAUUCAAGAUGAAGGACUUCGAUGAAAGAUUGAUGAAAACAUUCCCUAUUUUGAAAGAUAUAUCCGAUGAAAAAGUAAGAUGCGUUGACGCGUUUCUUGAGUGUUACAACUUAGUGCACUGGCUAAAAAAAUCAAUGAAAACAUCUGGUCAGAAAGAGUUGAAAGUGUUUGUGGACCUAGCUAUGAUGUCUGCUGGAGACGAACCGAUGAACAUAAAAAAAGUUCAGUGUCUGCACUCAGCUGUGCUAGGGUAUUCUCCUCUGAUAUUCGAUCUUGACGAAAAUUGUGAUUACAGUACAUUUGUGGAAAAAUGCAGACAAGUUUGGAAAGAGCUUGAUGCCAAUCCAGAUCUCCCAAAACAAUUGAUUGAUACAAAUCAUCAAUUGGCUUGGUUGAAAGAAAUAAAGCAGGCGCAUGGAUCUGUGGAAGUUAACUCACUCAUGCAGGCAGAAGCUAUUAACAGUGAUGGUAUUUAUACCGUUGGAAUAAUAUCUGGGACCAACAGCAAUGCCGAUAUUACAAAGCUGAAUGUUAUUACAUUAGCUGUAAAAGAAACAAAUGGACCGGCGAGAAAUUACAGCUUUUCGCAAUUGCAAGACUUGCAGAGUCGAUUGAUGCUGGUUGCGGGCCAAAGCCUUAAAGAUAAAGCUGCAGUUGAUAUUGAACGAUUCACAAUGGUGUUUGAUGGCAUAAACAGGCUUGGCAACGUUUUUAAAAAACUGUGCCUUUCUGGUUGUGUGCUCUUCAAUAAAUGGAAAGCACAAUUUAUGUGCAAUUCCAAACGACCAGUGUGCGUUAUUAUUUGUUUCGGGAAAGGCAAAGAUGUUCCAAAAAUUAUAGGUAAGAAUUCGGCAUUACAAGAUAUGAUUUCGGAACUUUCUAAAUUCAUGGAGAAAUGUUACAAAGAAUGGCUAGAAUACAUCAACAAAAAACGGGCUGAGUAUUACCAUCUUAACUUCUUCACGGUUGACCAGCUGGUGAUUUUGCAACGGGAACUGGUAAAGAUUGGUUCUGAAUCUGAGCCGUCACAUCUUAUUUACCCUUUGUUGUCCGCAGUGAAGAAAACAUGUACACCAGCUGAUUUAUUUGCGGCAAUGACAUCGGCAAAAGAGGAAGUGGAAAGGAAGAAAGUAGAUGACAAUGCCGCAUCUCUUGCAGAAACAAAAUCAGAUGAUAUAAAUGAUUCAUUUGAUGAGAAAAGAGAACAAUUUGUGCAAGAACUUGUUUAUUCUGGGAUAGAUGUUGAAUUGGCACGUCAGUCAAUAGAACAUAUUGAUCCAAAAGAUAUCGAUUUACAAGAUGUAUCUCAAGCUUUAAUAUGGUGUCUUGAGGAACCAGCAACUGAGCAAAGAACAUGCAGUGAUGUGAUAAACGAGGAUAGGGCUAAUACUCAAAUAACCGAGAAGUCAUUUUUUGGAUGGAGUGAUGCGACCUCAACCAUUUCAUCUAUUAUCGAGCAUAACUUAAGAAAUAUGAAAACCAACAUCGAUGGCGUUGAGCCAUUGAUUCGGGACCUGACAGAACUUUGGAAAAACUUUAUUGGUUCUAUCUCAUCAAACAUCAGUGACUAUCUCAGCCUUGGACACUUGGGUAUAGUCCUAGAGCAUCUGGCAGAGUCGGGAACCGUGGACAGAAAAGUAGAAACGGGAUUUAAAGAAGGAGAACCCAAUCUUAUAAUUUGCCCCAUUGAAGAUAUUAUGAAAGUGACCUUGUCGAUCUACAUGUAUGACAAGGAUCAGCCGCUACCGAUGUCGGACGAAGUGUUGGUCUGUACGUCAAACACGUCGAACGACGAGGUGGACAUAUUUUGGCAACGGGCAUUAUAUGGUGAUGGUCGAAGGAUCUAUUGUCUUGUGAAUGCUGAUUUGUUGGAUUUUGAUGUCAGUGAGGAUGCUGAGCAAAACUUACAAAAACAUAUUCAGGAAAAAUAUCACAAAACAAAACGAAAAUACCGAUUGUUUAUCAUAUGUGGGUCAGAUAAUGAAUGUCGUUCUCCCUUUGUGUCCUCAUUGGACAAAUACAUCCGACACGUUCCGACAAUAAGUCAAGCUUCGCUGGGCGCAUAUGUUGCAGAUAAAUUGUCUGUUUCUGAAACAUAUGGACUGUCUGCAGCCAGCGUUGACUUUAACAGGUCUUCAGGCCGUGUGAUCAAGUCAAGUCGUUCUGGUGUAGGCAAAAGUUUGUAUGUUAAACGGUGCGCUGAACAAAUGGCACAUCUGUUGGGCUCAAAGCUUGAAACCAAAGUGGUGACCAUAAGGUUGCAAGAAAAAUACAUUGAUCUUCACGAAGUGACACAGAUAUUAAUUGAACAAACGCCGACACCAGGAAAAGCCACUGCGCGAAUUUUUCAUAUUGACAUUUCACACGAGGUUCAAGAAGGCAUAGAUGUUCUUCUCUUCAAUCUUCUUAUCCUCGACUGUUUGAUAGACAGAAAUGGAUACGCGUGGCGACGCAGCCCAAAUGAUUUGUGUCUGAUCGAAACUAUGCCAAUUAUGAAAUACGCACAUGAGAGCCAAGAUAUGCAGUAUGCUCAUCCGAUAUUCGAUAUACUGCCAGAUGUUCAAUGUAGGUCACCACAAGAGAGCUUCGAUUUUUAUUCUGGCAAAGAGAACGACUACAGGCAGACAGACCAAUUGUUUGACGAACAGCAGUUCACAAGUUCAGUGGUUCAGCGGACAUAUCAGUACUUGAAUCGACUAGACUCUGCCUGUGAUAUGACAGAUAUAAAUCCUCAUUCUAUACAGGGGACUCCCAAAUCGUGUUUAAGUGUGCUGCUAAGGUAUUUAACGUUGCGGUGUGAUCAACCAUCGUGGUCAGAACUGCAUCACUUCGUUUGGUUCCUCAACACACAGCUUACGGACUUCGAACAGAAUCAGUUCGUCGGCUUUGCUGCAGCUGAACACCUACCUGGAUUUGCAACAUUUGUUCUAAAAUUCCUAAUGCAAAUGUCGAAGGACUUUUCCACAAGAUCGCUGGAAAUAAGCGAGGAGUCGCCAAGGUGCUUUGCUGUUGAUUCCAAGGUAGAUGAAGAAAAUGAAGAAGAUGAUGAACAAAUAUUGAAUCGAUUCUUAUUACGACGGACGUGGGAAAGCAGUCCACAUCCCUACCUGUUUUUCAACUCCGAUCGGGAAACUUUUACCUUCUUGGGAUUUUUCAUCGAGCGAUUCACAGGGAACUUAAAAGAUCAACAGACAGGAGAACUGCUAGAAAAAGCUAUAAUGACGAGAAGAUUGUAUGAUGCACUUGUUGCAAACCAUGCCCCUUUGCAAGAAAACUUUGACGCAUUGUCUAGAGACAAGAAACUUACAAAACUAUGCAAUGUCAUGGGGAUCGAAUUCCCACACGAUCCAGAUCCAACAUACGAAUUAACAACGGACAAUGUCAAGAAAAUAAUGGCAAUCUAUAUGCGGCUUAGGUGUGACAUCCCUGUUGUGAUAAUGGGUGAAACCGGGUGUGGUAAAACACGACUUGUGAAGUUCAUGUGUGCCUUACAGUGUCCGCCUGAUGUCGAAAUUAAAAAUAUGAUAUUGAUGAAGGUUCAUGGCGGAACGACUAAAGAAGAUAUCAAAAGAAAUGUUCAUUUCGCAGAAGAUAUAGCAAAACAAAAUGUCGAGGAGUACGGUAGUAACAUAUAUACAAUUCUGUUUUUCGACGAAGCAAACGCCACUGAGGCGAUAGGGCUAAUCAAGGAGAUCAUGUGCGACAAAUCCAUUUGCGGUGAACCCAUAAAAUUAUGCCAGAACCUGAAAAUGAUUGCUGCGUGCAACCCAUACAGAAAACAUCCCGAGGAACUUAUCAAGAAACUUGAACAGGCCGGUUUGGGGUACCAUGUAGAUGCUGACGAAACAACCGAUAGACUUGGGAGAAUACCCAUGCGGCGGCUGGUGUACAGAGUCCAGCCGCUUCCCCAAAGUUUAAUACCACUUGUGUGGGAUUUCGGACAGCUAAGCACAGACGUUGAAAAGCUGUACAUAAGCCAAAUGGCCAAAAGAGCUGUUUAUGAACGGCGAUUACCGGCAGCACCUGGUCUUGUUGAAGUGUUAAGCACGAUUCUUACGGCAUCACAGAAUUACAUGCGAAAGCAAAAGGACGAAUGUAGUUUUGUCUCAUUGAGAGAUGUAGAACGAGUACUGACGGUCAUGUCCUGGUUUUAUGGAGAAGCAGAGGAUAACAGAUUUUUGUACGAUGCUAUGGAUGUAGAGUUAGCUGGCCAACAAGUAGAAGAUUUUUACGGCCUUGAUAAUUUGACAAGGAGCCUGGUCCUUGCUUUAGGAGUUUGCUACCAUUCAUGUUUGAAGACCCGUGACGCGUAUCGAAAACAAGUGGCAACACUGUUUACAGGCCCAUGCCAGUUGCCUGGUGGUGCGGAUCAGAUACAUAAAGAAAUUGACUGUUGUCAAGAUGUAUUCCUUCAAAACGUCACACUGGACCAGAACAUCGCCCUCAAUACAGCGUUGAAAGAGAACGUUUUCAUGAUGGUUGUGUGCAUCGAAUUGCGGAUACCACUAUUUCUUGUUGGAAAACCUGGGAGUUCCAAGUCCCUUGCAAAAACUAAAGUUGCUGAUGCUAUGCAGGGCAAUAGUGCCAGACACCGUUUGUUUAAACAUCUAAAACAAGUGCAGAUGGUGUCAUUUCAAUGCAGCCCGUUGUCAACCCCUGAUGGUAUUGUUGGAACAUUUAGACAGUGUGCCCAGUUUCAAAAGGACAAAGAUCUAGAUACCUUUGUUUCUACAGUUGUUCUUGAUGAAGUAGGGCUAGCAGAAGACAGUCCCCGUAUGCCUUUAAAAACAUUGCAUCCACUCUUGGAUGAUGGGUGUCAAGGUGAUGAAACACCGGAGCCGCACUUAAAGGUUGCCUUCAUUGGGAUUUCGAACUGGGCAUUGGAUCCGGCAAAAAUGAAUAGAGGUAUACUUGUUCAGCGGGAAGUCCCAGAUCUGGAGGAACUUCGAAUAAGCGCAAAAGGAAUAUGUCAGACACAUGAAGAAGUCGGAACUUUCAUUUUCCCGUUGAUUGAUCCUUUGUCGGCUGCUUACUUGGAUAUUUUCAACAAAGCCUCAGACAAAAUGCGUGAAUUUUAUGGUCUCCGCGACUUUUACAGUUUGGUGAAAAUGGUGUACGGCCUUGUGGCGAAGAACAGACGGAGGCCUACAUGGUUGGAAUUGGUAUAUGCCAUUAAGAGGAACUUCGGAGGAUUAGACCAUGUAGACCCUGAGGCGUGCUUUGAACAGCAUAUAGACAAAGCAAAGUUAUGUCACCAAGAUCUUAAUCAGAAAGGACCUGAUUGCAGUACAAAAGGACUGAUUGAAGCGUGCCUGUUCGAUUCAUUUACAAGAGAAGGUGAAAGUCGAUACCUUCUGUUAAUUACCGAAAACUACGGAGCUCUGAACAUUAUUCAGCAGAAAAUUCUCUCUAAGAGAAGUGAGAUUCGACCAAUAACUAUUUUCGGCAGCAGUUUUCGGAGUGAUCAGGAAUACACGCAGGUUUGUCGCAACAUCAACAAGAUCAAGGUCUGCAUGGAGACGGGUAACACUGUCGUGUUACUAAACUUGGAGAAUCUGUACGAGAGUCUUUACGACGCAUUGAAUCAGUACUAUGUGUACUUUGGAGGGGAGAGAUACGUGGAUCUUGGCCUUGGGACACACAGAGUUAAAUGUCCAGUUCACAAGAAUUUCCGGUUGAUUGUCAUCGCUGAGAAGCAGACAGUGUACAAAAAAUUUCCAAUUCCCCUGAUAAAUCGACUGGAGAAGCAUUUCUUGUCAGUAAACGCCAUUCUGGAUGAUAGGCAGGUGAAAUUAGCAGAGAAACUACAAGAAUGGGCAACACAUUUAGCAGCUAAAUAUGUUCAUAGAAAUAAACAGAGUCAGCAACUUGGCUUGGGAGACAUCUUUAUUGGUUAUCAUGAAGACACGUGCUCCGCAAUUAUCCUUCAUGUAUACGAGACACUUCGCGCGGCAUCCUCCGAGCAAUCAUCGGAGGAAAAGAUUCUCGAAGAAGCAAAGAAGAUUCUGCUUUGGUGUGCCACCCCAGAAUCCAUAUAUCGAGAAAGCAAGUUAGACAUUUCAGAACGAGAAAUCAUUAAAAGACAUUACGCAAUGGAACAAGCUCACGAUAGCGCUAUUGCCUACUUGAAGCACAAGAUGAUGGUCGAGAAGUGUGAUCAGUUGUUUGCACAGAUAACAUGCCAUUCAAAACUGUUGGCUUCCAACCACGAGAUAGAAAUUACAAAAGCCAUUCCGACCUUGAGACAUGUUGAAAUUCUAUCGCUUCCGUCGUUUGAUACAGAGCAACAAUUCAGUAAUAAAGUGCGUCACCAUUUUGAAUCAAAACUGGAUUCGUCGAGUCUGCUGAUUAUACAAUGUGAAUCUGGAGAUAAAAACUCAAACUUGAUAGCCGGUGCGAGGUACUGUGUUAUGGAUGAGUUUGAAAAAGCCAGAGAUUCAAUGAAAGCUCCUUCUCACGUCGCAUUAAUUGUUCAGCUUCCAAGAAAGUCGGGUGGGUGUUUCACUGGAUUCCAGUGUGGUGUAUGGCAUUCCGUUCAUGUUGACGACCUGUAUCCAGAAGACACACGUCUCCCGUGUAUAAGCGAUAUUGAGGAUAAAGCGCUCAGUGAACUUUUCUUAAACAUUCAAGAUGGUAAGAGGAAUUUACAAGGAAUGGAACACCACACUAUAAGCAUGCGAAGAACCAAAGUAUCAGUGGAGACGAAGCAAAAUGAAGACACUGUUAAUGGUGAAAUAAACACGAUGAAUGAACACAUGCAAGAACUUGUAAUAGAAAUUCAGGACAUUAAAAACAGUGUGGGAAUUUUUAUGCAUUGUGUGCAGCCUGCUCUUGCAAGGGUGAAAGACAGAUCUCACUUUGCGCAACGAGGAACCAAACGGUUGAAGAUCAUUUUAAAUUCGUUGAGCCGCAUUGAUAACAAUAAUACAGAUCGACGCAAUUUCUUAACUGGCGUCGUUUUCUGGUUGGGCAUGUUACUUAAAGAAAAGGAACAAGGUUUAUGUCUUGCAAAGCAAUGGAUGACAAAAGAUGCGGCCGCUGUAGAAAAUAUUAACCAACAUGGAACAUUUAGGCGGUCAUGCUAUUGCACAAUUGUAUCCAAAGUGAAGCCUGUAUUGGCCGGACUAUUUGCAUUUCUGGACACAAAUGGCAACCUGGACCUCCUGACAAGUGAUUUGCAAUGGAAACGUGAUUUCUGGGUGAAUUGUUUAAAUCAUAAGGAUGCAUUGCAAUUGAAGUACUCAUAUCUGCAAUCACACAGACGUACAACAGAGCAUGGCGAGAUGCUUGUAACCAGUACAGGAUUUGAAGGCCAUGAAUUCAAAUUAAAAUUACCAUUUUCCUGGCUGAUAAUUCAAACAGUUGAUGAGUUACUCAGAGACUUAGUUUUUGAUGGACGGGAAACGGAUCGUAUUGACAAGUGUACAAUAGGAUUGAGGUCGGGCUCAAUCGGGCAAGUAUUGCAAAAAUUAGAAGCCGAGUCACAACCAGUUAUCCCUAAUGCAGAGUUCGAAAAUGUUCCCAGUCCGUCGCUUAAAGAUGUGUUAUAUGACUACAUACAUGACUUUGUACAAACAGUGUACAAUGCAGACGGAGAAGACGAACUGAAUUUUGUGUGUGAGGCCAUUGCAUCCAAAACGUUCAGCAUAUGCAAUACUGACAACGAAAAACAUGACAUCAUUCGCAACAUUGUCUGCGUCCGAUUCGCUUACAAGGAACUGUCAUCUCAACUUGCAUUCUUCAGAAGUAUGAAUCAAGUAUGGCCUAAUUGUAUACACACAAUUUUGGAAAGAAAGAAACACAACCCGCAGCAUGUGAUGUUCAAGGAAAACGAAUUUACAUUUUCCACUCUGCGUCUGCUGAUUGAAAACUUGAACCUGACACCACAUGACUUGAUGGAUAGAACUGCCCAGUUCAAAUGGCUAAAAAAAGUAUACACCUACCGUCCAGUUGUGGAAACUAUUCUAAACCAAGGAAUGGGCGGAUGUGAUAGUAUUGACUCAAAAAAGAUGGCAAAGUCAAUGUGGAGUCGAGUUUUGGUGUUGAAAAUAUUCCUGGAAACUGUUGUAACGAAAGAAACCGAUGAGGAUAUACAUAUCAAACACUGUUUGCCACUGUGGGUGUUGCUUGGGGAAAAGGUUGAUUUGAAGGAUAUGACUUCCUGUAUGGUUGUGGAAACGUUCCUCACAAAGCGCAACAAGGCUGCUUUAAAGGAAAGUAUUGGCGCGGAAGCCAAUUGUUGUCGCUGUAACGAACCUUUAACAAGUACACCAAUUUAUAUUCCGUGUUCUGAGAAGCACAGUGUAUGCAAUAUAUGCUAUGGAGAUAUUCAACGUUUAAGAGAACAAGCGUGCCCUAAAUGUUUCGAAAACUUGGAAGAAGAAUGGGCACCUGCUGUUGAUGGAAACCGAAAGCAAAAUAAUGAAAAGCUGAAGAGAUACCAGGAGCGAUGCAAUACGUUCUUUUUAGAGAUUGUUGCGCAACUUUGCUUUGCUGAAGGUGAACCUCCUUCCGAACAAGUUCUCGAAAAGCUAUUAAGCUAUGUUACCUGUAUUUCAAAGGACGGGACACGGUACACAAAGGAUAUAAAUAUAUUUGCAACAGGUGUCGAUCCAAAUCCUGUAUUCCGAUCAUUCCUGCUUCAGCUGAUGAUGAAGUCAAGCAACCAAAGAUAUGUUUUCAAAUAUCUUAGUCAGUACAUCGGAGACAUCAAAUCUAACAGCAAAGAGAUGAUCGACCUAUACCUCCUGAUUGUUCAUUGUUGGGAGGACAUACAAUUCCAUAGUAUAGAAUCAAGCAGCGAAACAAAAUCGAUUGUUGUAUGCCAUUCCCUGGAAAGCGCUCUUAGCCAGAUGAAUAAUUCUGCAACUCCUACUGAUUCGCUGUCUGCAGUUGCAACAACCAGGGCUUGUUUAGGAGUAGCAGCACAGUGUUUAAAAAGACAGUCGCCUAGUGAUACUGAAAUUCAGACAUCACUUGGUGAUCUGAAAAUUAUCAAUUCUGCACACAAUUUCUGUGAAAAGGUGGGAAAUGAUUGGCCAAAAAUUUACCUAGUGAAGCUAUUGUGUCGACGCUACGGAUUGGAUUUGUAUCAUACAUUGUCAAGGUCAUCUUUCAGAUGGCUUGCCGUUGAAGGAUCCGAAAACCAGAUGGAAAUUUGCGAUAGAUAUAUCAUAUGCGGAGAGGUGUACGCACUCAUUCGAGAGGCAGUGGCAAAAACUAUUCUAGGAGAAGCUAUAGAACAGCUGGACCAUUUAUUAAAGGACAUUAAAUCUAAAGGAAAUGAGCCAGUUGGAGCAUACUUACAGCUUGCCAUACACAGAGAAAUUACUUGUACACACGUACAACUGACUCAACGCGGAUGUACAGAUGUGAGUUUACAUGCGAUUCCACAACUGAAGCAAUUUCUGGAUGAAUCGGAUGUAAUUAACGACAAAAACUUCAUUGCUAAGUUGCUAAACAAUGACAUGGAGCCAGAAUUCUUGAAGAUAAAACCUGCAUCAGAUUUGAUGCAUCAAGGACUCCAGUGCUUACUGACACAUUUCUACAUUACCAUGUCAACACUUCAAGACGGAUAUACACUCGUAGAUCCACUAGUUCAGUUGAUGACUGGAUAUCCGAGUAUUCAGAACAUGUAUUUGCCAACAAUGCCACAAGACGAUAUAGAAGAAAUAAAUGCUGCUGUGUUGGCAUCAAGAGGCGACGAGAACCCGUUCUUUUACCGUUGUCCAAACGGUCAUCCCUAUAUGAUUGGCGAUUGUGGGCGACCAAAUUCCACGAGCCAAUGUCCAGAAUGUGGGGAGCAGAUAGGUGGUAUAGGGCAUAAACCAUUACCGGGCAAUGUCAAGAAUACAGUAGGCGACUCUACACAGACAGGUCAUGUACUCGGAAGAGCCGUUACAGACGGAAAUAUUAUGCCAGAAAGGGAUUUAAAUCCUACAUUCUGCAUUGCAAUCCGAAUGUUUCUUCAUAUGGCAUUGUACUUCUGUCCUCUCGAACAGGUGAAAACCAUAUUAAAACCUGAAAUCGAGGAAGAAGAAAUAGCUGAAUUUUUGUUGGAUCAUAUUCGAAAUAACAUCAAUGAACUGCAACGAAGUCUUGGCUGCAGUGGAGAUGACGUCAUUUUACUUAUGCACAUUGCUGUUAACGUCAUGAUGAGAAGUAAAGAAACAAGAGUUGCCCGUGCAGUAACAUUGCUGUCUAGUAAAGAACAAAGAAAAACAUGGGAAAACGAAUUUUCGUUGCACGUGUUGAAUGAAGUGUUUGGCAAUGUUGAUACCUUGCUAAGUGACUGGAACCAAAGUAUUGCCACAGACAAUCGUUUAGGUGCCGACCGAUUGAUGUGCAUGAUAUACGAAGCAGAAAAUCACCAAGAAAAGGAAAACAACCUGUCCAUCAAAGACAAUCCACGCAUGUGGAGAUUCCGUACACCUAUAACCAUUGAGCAUAUGCGUCAAAAUUUGGAAUCAAAAAGUCAGCAAGGAAUGCACCCGCCUCUUAUCUUGCAACGUUUCAUGAAUGAGGACUGUCUUCUAAAGGCUCUUCGAUAUGUUCCAAAUAUCAUUCGUCUCCAACGAGCUCUUCUUCGAGAAUACCAAAAGAAACUUGACAAAACCGAAGCAAAUGCAAUACAUGUGUUUGAUUUGAAAAGAGAUCAUACAGCUGGCGAAGAAACCGAAUUGUGGAUACAUGAUUUUGCAUGUGCUUGGGACAUAACGAGGAAAACCUUGGAACAAUAUGGUUGCCACACAGAGUUUGGACGAACGUUUGUACCUUAUGAAUUUUGCAACCAAACGAUAAACGAUAAUACGCCGUUAACAGUAUUCCUUCCAAGAACAAGCGGUCCCGGACUAUGUUCUUAUGCAAUGUUAGAUUUGCUCUUCCGGAAACAAAACGACUUUUUAAGCAGCUUCGUAGUAGGCGAAUCCGAAAGAAAGAAUGCAAUUCAUCGAGCCGUUAAACCGAUGGAUGUGACAUCUUCACACCUGAUCAGCUACGACCACGAACAUGACCUGAUGCCCCUGGUGUUGGCCAACUGUCAUUACUCUUUCGAGAUGGGUGUUGGGACCAAGAUUGAGUAUGACUUUGCUAGCAUGGAGAGACAACUAAUGGACAGGCUUCUCUACUCCAAGUCAAUGAUUGAAAUGGAUAGUUUUCUCGAGAUUGAUCUGAUGAUCUACAGAACAGAAGUAACGAAUGUGAAUGUUUUCAUGCAACUUUCAGAGAAAAUACCACAGGUACAUUUGAAUGGGGCAGUCCGAACACAAAUUUGCGAAGAAUUACGAAAAAUUCCUGACGUUUGCAAAACACUGGACAACUUGGAUAUUGCUAUCAGCUUUUUGAAGACAACUGGAGGAGAUCCCCAAACAAAGCUGAAUACAUUUAUGGUUAAAACCCUACAGAUGGAAAACGCAAUUAUAAGUCAAAAGGCAUGCCAGACAUGCGAGCUGCGACAUGCGAGAGCUUUGUGGUUGCUAUUGUCUCUGCAGAGGUCUAAGCUGCUGAUUGAACAUCGACAAAGUACAGAGGAAGUGUUUGAAACUUUACCAGAUGACAUGUAUGAUAAUUUGGAAAAAGGCGUGGAAACACGUUUCAAGGAAUACAUGAACACACUGAAUGUCGAAAAACUCUCAACAGUCUUGGAAGUUAUACACGAGUUCCUGCUACUCAAUGUUGCCAUUCGCCAAAAUACUGACGACAAUGAUUACAUAAAUACCAGCACAUACAGUUUACUCGACGGUCUGAGAGAGUAUAUAGCCAUCAGCGAGCCUCCAUUGGUAUUAGACAAUGCAACAUUGUUGGAAUUUCCGAAAGAAAUUUUGUACAAACAUGGAGCAAAGGCAUGGGUCUUUGCUUACAAAACGUUGACAAAGAAAGUAGGGACCAGGCGACGCUACUAAGGCGCCUCUCUUAAUUUCAUGAUUAAACACAACCAUUGACAUGCAGAUUAGAUGAUAAGAGCGUACGAAACUUGUUUAACACACCUAUAUAUAUAUAUAUAUAUAUAUAUAUAUAUAUAUAUAUAUAUAUAUAUAUCUUUACAUGGUUAUAGAAUGGUUUCUUUAUGAUAUACUCAUUAUAGAGUUUAUGGUCGUAUGGAAUUGUUCGUACGAUUAAACUAUAAACGAACAUUUUCGGUUAUCAAAACAUCACUAACCAUUUGGAAUGUGUCCUUGAUGUUUGAGCAAUUUUUUGUAUAUAUAUUGUCUAUUACGUUUUAAUGUCGACAUGCCGACUGAGAACUGUUAUUUUGUGCUUAGUUGUUUAUUAUUUAUGUAUAAAUUGUAAUCAAUUACCUACAUGGGUAAGUAUAAUUUCGUUCGAAAUGAAGUGUUGUUCUUUAUGCUAAUUUUCUUUAAAUAACAUAAUCGUAAUAAAACGAGCGUGUAAAAAUUAGUAGAAAUGAUAAAAAACUUUGUUAUUGUUGUGUGUCUCGAUAAAUUGUCAUUCAUUCAUGCACGAAAUCUGUAUUUAUAUUGGAUAUGUUUUUUUUAAAUAUGUAUUCAUUUCAUGUAGCACGUAGCGAUAUAGUUAGCAUGUGUUUUUUUAACGUUCUUUACCAUGUAUUUAUUUGAACAUACUGUAGUGGAAUUAAUAUGCAUUCAAAUUAGAUCAUAUUGAUGCUGAUAAAGAAAUGAGCGUACAAUAGAUGUUAUGUAGAUAUAAUUUUUCAUGAUGAUUGUAAUGUUUUAAAUAUGCCUUUAAAUCAGAUGAUGGUGACAUUGGUAAAACAUGAGCUUAGUUUGAAAGUGUACAAUGUGCAUGAUAUGUAAAACAUGAGUGGUUUCCAACAUUAUGCUAGAUGUCUUUUGUGAGAUUAUCUAUGUACAUUGUACUUUUAAAUGUUAUAACAACACAGAGACGUAUUUUUGUGAAAACAAAGAUGAUAUCUGAUUGUAUAUAGCAUUGCAAAUAACAGCUUUGCGUUUUAAAACCAUAAACAUUGGCUGUCAAUAUAUAUAUUUUAGUUAAAAUUGUUUAUUUUAGUGUUUGUAUGUAUAUUUUCGAAAUAUCAAUAAUAUCAUUAUUUUAUUAUAUCAGAAUUGAUUUGCUUACUGUAAUUUUAUGUUUUACAAAUGUGUAUUGUUUCUUAAAUAUAUAUGCGAUGGCUAUGAUGCUUAUUUGCCUGUCUCUAAACUGUGUUGACUGGCGUGAUUUUUUUAUGUAUUUGCAAUUAAUGUAUAUUUAUAAUAUUUGUAUUUGUUUAAUCAAUAGUUUUAAAUACUGUUUUACGUUUCUUUUUAUACACUCGAUACACACCAACCAUUCAUAAAUAUGGUUUGCCAUGAUUUAUACAUAUGUGUAAACAACAUCUCAUGUACGUAAACUGAUUUGUUUUAAUUUACGUUGCAACAUACCAAAUGUUCUUCGUGUAUAGGAAUAUAAGAUUGAAAUUCCACUUCCUUGUGUAUGAACAUUUCCAAUUAACAUAUUAGUAUAAUACGAAACUACUGUUAAAACUGUUGAAACCGAAUAGUUUUGCAUCUGCAAUAAGUCAAUGUGAGGUGUAGUUCGUUGUUCGUGCGUUAUUAUCUUUGUAUAAAUUAUGCUUUUAUUUUUUUAUAUUUGAUGUCCAUGUGUCAUUAUUCACCUUUUGCUAGUUAUAUUGUAGUACCAAAUAUAGAGAAUAACAGGUUACUGUCCCAUCGUUUUGUAGUAUAUAAGGUGAGGCUUACAAUAAUAUAACGGCGAGGCUUGCCGAGCCGUUAUUUUAUUCGUGCCGAGCCUGAUAUAUUACAAAACGAUGGGACAGUAACCUGUUUUUCUGUUAAUCAUACCACAUUUUCCUAAAAAUCUGCAAAGCAAUCCAUUUUUUUAUAAUUAAAAUGUACGGAUCACCGCUGAUUUUGCUGAUCCGGCUUUUACACGUUGACAUAGACAUGUAGCAACGGCGUUCGAAAAGACGACACGAAUAAUCGCUUAUUUUUAACAUCGUAUACGGUAUAGAGAAAAAAAUUGUUUGCAUUACGAAUGGAAAGAGUGCACCCGCUAUAAUUAUAAACGUCUUGAAUUUGAGAUCAGGAAUGGACUGCAGCGACAAAUUUAAUCGAAAAACACACUUCACCGAAUGGUUUGGAGAUGCCAUUUUGGAGAUGUGUAUUGAAAUUGACAUUUUGAUGAUGGUGUUAAUAUUGACAUAAGCGUGUUAAAUCGUCUGUUUGAAUAGUUGAGGAUUAGCAUACAGUUAUCAUUUGUCUUGACUAUCUGUACAACACAUGCGAGUACAAUGACUAAAUCGCUAUUCAAGUUUUAUUGUCCCAUUGAUGACGUCAUUUAACUUCUAACUGCGGGCUGUGAUUUUUUUUAAAUAAACGUUUUUGUUAUUUAUGACUUUAAACAAGAAUAACAUAGGUACGUUCUUGGUAUCAAAUUGUUUGUUUUGUUGAACCUGAUUCAUGUUGAUAGAAACUGUUGACUUAAUUGCAAAUCCCACGUAACACUUAACAUUGACUGAUAUAAGAACUUCCUGUUGACCAUGAUUUAAAAUAAUAUAUCAGGCAACGUUAUAUCAGGCAGAUAUCAAUGCGGUGGUAUGAUAAAUCGCAUUAUGAGUGUGUUAAGUAAAUAUAUUUACAUGGAUUGAUGCUUGUAUUAAUGAAAAUAAACUGGAAGAUACCGACAUUUCUCUGAGUAAGGUAUGAUGAAUACAAAAAGUUGUAGCCUCAUGCAUCAGAUUUAUUGAAGCAUGCUUUGUAUUAUUGUGCUACAUGUAGUUCUACAGGAACUGUUUUUUAGCUACAAUGUAUUGUUUUAUGUAUAUAAUAAUGUGUUUGUUUGAACGUUUAAAGCAAAAAGUGUGUGUGUCAACAACACGAUAGCAUGCGUAGUAUGGAGUCCAUUAAAACAAGAUACCAUGAUUAAACCAACCUGUAUGUGUAAAAGUGAGAAUAAGGCUAUCUGUAUUUAUACAACGACUACUAUUCUGUGAAAUACGUUCACACGCGCGUUUUCGAAUAUAUGUAUUACGUAUGUAUGAGAAUAGUGUAACAAUACAUUGCCGUUGGUUAUGUUCUUUUUAACGCGAUUGAUUUCUUUAUUUAACAUUUGGUAUAUUUUACAAAUAUGUGUUAGCUAGAACAUUAUACACAAAAUAAAUUGUGAUUGUUUAACCAAAUUAUAUUUAGAAUUCUACUUUAUAAUAAUGAUUGUAUUCUAUUGUAGAUGUAUAUUCUUUCCAUGUGACGUUAAUGCAUUUGUGAUUAAGUGUGUCAUUUUCGCGCCGUGUUGUAUUGUCAAAAAACUAGCUGAUGAUGUCAAACUUUUAUGUUGCGUUUGCUAUGCUUCUAAAGGAAUGCAUCAUCCUAUAUUAUUAUAAGUUUUAACGAAUGAUACAUUUUAGCCAUUUUGCUUACAUACUUUGAACAUAUUUACCUAUGUUUUUGCUGAUUCAUGAUAGUUGUUUUGAUAUAUACAGUGGAUGAACGACCAGAAUUUGCAAAUGACCUAGUUUUACUAUUAUUAUUAUUAAGUGUAUUGUUGUUAUUAUUAUUAUUAUUAUUAUUAUUAUUAUUAUUAUUAUUAUUAUUAUUAUUAUUUAAGUGUGUUUUGAUUAGGUUGUUUUUGUGAGAUACAGGGUUAUUUAAUGAAUGAGAUGUUUCUUAGAAUUUAAAUGAGUUGUUUAUUUUUUGUUUGUUCCACGACAAAAACCUGAAUGCAAGACAGAAAUCAUUUAUUUAUAUACUCAAUGUUUUUAAAAAAGGGUGCAAAAUUAUGUUAGUAUGUGUCUUUUUUUUUAAACAUAAGCAUGGCAACAACAUGUGAACGACCAAUUUAAAAUAGCAUUGAAGUUUGAUACUCCCAGCGUGUCCAUAAACAGGUUUUUCCGUAGAUCGGAUUAAUAAUGUUUUAUUUAUAAUCUUACCGUGUUAAUUUUUUUGUUGUUGUGCAUAUUUAUUGACUUUAAGGUACAAUGAGAAAAUGCAAAGAGAUGCGCUACAUGUACUUACUGCUUGAGCGAUUACAGAAAUCGGUGGGUGUUACCGUGUUUAAUGGUUGCUGUGUUUUUCGGUUGCAUAGGGGAAUUCACACAAUCGUACCGAACACCCAUACACACAUAGUAGAGUAUCCGAUAUGAUUUUGAUAACUCAUCUGGUGGCUUUAUGAAGGGUAAUUCUUAGGUCUUCGUAUUCCUAUGUUAUGUGUGAUAUGUAUGUAUGUGAUAACAAGCUUUGUUAUAUUUCACUGCACCAUUUGAGGUUACAGAUUUUAAUAUAUUUUAAAACAAAAAAGUGAAGUAUAUUGCAUGAUACGGGAUGAGAAUUUUGUUCGAUGUAUAUCAUUAUAAAAUAUCUGAGUAUAUAAGGCCAGGGAGCUUUUGUUGCAAAUAAUAACAGGGUUUAACUUUACGACAAUCUGUCAAUUAACCUAUGCACAAUUUGAAUAGUUAGCGUUUAUUUAAUGGUGUUGAUGCUACAUGUACUUGUAUGCAAGUGUGAAUAAAUCCGAGUUUGUGUGUUUAUCAAA